AUGGUGGAUCGAUAUUUGGAAGGCUGGGUGCCGUCGUUUCUGAGCAAAGACGAGGAGGAUAAGAAGAAGAUAAGAUUUGAUGGUUUGGAUGAGAAGCAGGAAUUGGAUGAUUUGGAGUUGAAUUACUUUGAGGAAGGAUUAAGUGGUAGAGAUCUAAGAAUUCACAGGAAUUGGUUUGUGAGUGUUCGGUACUUGAUGUUGCGUAUUUUUGUAGUGUUGCUUGUUUCUGCAGUUGUGUCGUCCAGUGGUUAUGGUCGGUUUUCGUCUCCUGGUGGAGGCAGUGUGGUUAAAAAGGUAGGGCGUGAUGGUGCGCUAAUUCCAAUGGGUGGCAUGCUGUUGGGUUCGGACUCGACGUAUGAUAUUUUUGCUGGUGAUGGCGGUGUUGAUGAUGAGACCAUUAUUAAGUUUUCGGAGGUGACCAUGGAAGGGCUUCCAGUUAAAAAUCGUGUACACAGGCAGCAUUUGUUUUCUCAUGCUUAUGGGGAUUCUUGGGGGAAGCCCUGGACGGAGUCUUUUGUUCCUUGGAGGGGGGGCUUGUAUGACAAGGUUUAUCUGGAACUUGUUACUAAUGUUACCGGGACUCAGUAUGAUCGGUUGGUGCACGUCUUUAUGGACAAUAUCACGGUGUGGAGGUCAUCUACAAUUGAACCCUAUAGGAAUAGAGUCGUUCAGUCGCGGCCGGCCAAAGACAUAUCAAAAUAUAUUUCUUUGUUCAACCAAGAAAUAAUCCGGGAAGUGAACUUGACUGUUCAGCUUGACAAUAUUAUUACACCUGAUAUCGAUGGGGUCUUCUACGUUGAAAUAUACGCACAUUACUACUGUGAUGCUUGCAAAAUAGCGCCGAUGGACAUUUCUAACUACACAACGGUGUACCAAAAUUUGUUAAGUUAUUCCUUGACUCCGGCUGACUAUUUGUUGCCGUUAUUAGAAAUUCCAACUGAGUUGACUCCAGUGAUAUCCUAUUCACCGGCGGUCUCUGAUGGACGCAUUUCGGUGGGAUUAGUUGAUAUCCUGCCGGAGCUAUCCGCUAUUAAGAAACUAGUUGUGGAGUUAUAUGCUUCAGGAAAUUCCAAAGAAGAGUUUUGGUAUGGGAAUUUAUUAAAUGAUACCGUGCGAUAUACUAACGAUACACAGGAUGGAAUGGUGAAUGGCCCCCUAAGACAAGUGAAUAUCUACCUGACCUCCAAGGCUCAUGGCAAGAGCUAUCUUGCAGAGUCGUUGGUCCCUUCGCCAACUAUUUACACCGGUGGAAUGUCACCACCGCUGUGGAAGCCAUAUGUUUCGAUUGAUGCGUUCGAUGUUCAAAGUAUAUUAGUCGACUUAAGUGCCUUUUUGCCGCUGUUACAAGCAAAUGAAGAUAUAUCAGACUGGGCUAUUGAGAUUGAAGUGGUAUCGUCUUUAGCUGAUGACAGUAAUAAGUCAAUUGGAGAGAACUGGAUAAUAACGGGGAAUCUUUUAAUGUGGUAUGCUAAAAGCCUUGGGACUAAUAUUAGCUAUACAAAGUUCGAAGACUCUACGUUUGACAAAAACUUUUUACCUGAAUUACAAGGCACUGUAGGUGAAUCUCUUUAUCAGUCUAUUAACUCAAGUUCCGUCUUAGAUGUACUUGCAGAUAUCGUCAUAAACAAUCAGUCAUUUAAAUUGGUGCAAACGACAAGUACAGAAUAUUCUUCUAAUUUGAACCUCACUAAUUCAUUUAAUGAUGAAGAUAUGUACGUUAAGCUGGACAGAAUAAAAACUUUUUCCUUGCAUCUUCCAGAAUCCCAAUCACUGUUCGCUAGGGUAGUUGAGCAGGAAUCGUGGCUCUUGAUUGCUGAAACUAGAAAUGCUGAGGUGAAUAAUACUGAGGGAGAGCUUAAUUACUUAACAAGUGUCACCCGAGAUGUAUCUAGAUCCUCCUUUGCUCAAGAGUUUGCUACCAAUGGCACACUAUUCAAAACUACGCAAGCUCUUGACAGUUCGCCUAAACUCCUCUUUAGUUCAUUGCAUGGCGAGCAAUAUUCCGAUGCAGUGUUUACAAUAUCUCCUAACGGCAAUCGGGGGACUGGUAACUCUGUUAAUAGUGUUCACAGUGUGCGUGAUUAUCCAUAUUUCUCUCGUUAUUCUCGGAAGGCCAUCGCUAGGCAAAAUUCUAUUUUGAUGGAUGAUAUCUCUCGCGUCUAA